UCUGAGAUGGUUCUCGUGUGUGUCUUGUUUCGGCAAUGGGCCUUGCUGGACUUUUUGGCUACCUUUCUACCGAUUUUCGGUGUUAUUGUGCUGACGUUGUCUCGUGCAUUCAGAUCGGGAAACAGUGAGAUGACAGGUCCUCGAUGUUGAGCCACAACUUCGUGAAAUGGUACUAAAAUAUAGCCUGGAAAUUGAGCAGCAUUCCAUGGAAAUCGAAAAUAAGAAUAUUUGUGAUAUUAUUCGAGGACGCGUAGCAAGGUGUUUAAUGAAAGAGCAUCCGGAGAAACAUCUCACGUUGAGUUCUAAUACUGAUGGUGCAGCGUCUCGAAAGAGUACGAAAAAAAAACACUUUAUCCGGUUUUCGUUACACUUAACAAUCUCCCGCCAGUACUUAGAUUCAACAAACACAACCUUUUAAUUGCUGCACUUUGGUUAUCAAUGGAAGAAGCCAACCUUAAUUUACUCUACAAAUAUUUUUGCAUAGAAUUAAGAAUACUCAAGAAAGGUAUCUCGAUCGGUAAUCAAAACUAUACAGUUAGUCUUCUACAAAAUUGCGUGGAUUCUGUGGCAAGAUGUAAAGUUUUGUGUAUGAAGCAAUAUAAUGGAGACUACGGAUUUACAAUGUGUCUGCAUCCCGGAAAAGCUACUGAUGCAAGCCCAAUAAGAUAUUAUCCAAGUCAACGGCAUCCCAAACGUGACGAUGCGACCACUAGAAAAAUGAUGGAUGAAGUUCAAUUUACAGGUCAAGAAGUGCAUGGAAUAUUAGAUAAAUCAGUUUUCGUGGCUCUGCCUGAAUUCGAUAUCAUUAUAAAUCACCCUCCGGAUUAUAUGCACGCAGUUCUUCUGGGGGUUAUGAAACAGUUAUGGGCAAGUCUAACUGAAAGUGAAAAUCAUAAAGCUCCAUUUUACGUAGGACUUCGUAUGAAAGAUAUUGAGAAACGUUUUCUCUCCUUCCGACCUCCAAGCUCAUUCCCGAGGUAUCUACGUUCAUUGAAUCAAGUAAAAAAAUUCAAAGCAAACGAAUGGGAAGCCAUGUUAUUACAUUAUAUAUAUCCUAGUUUAUAUAAAAUUCUUCCUGACCAUUUAUUGAACCAUAUUAUGCUUUUAUCAUCUACAAUAUUUUUAUUAUUGGAUCCAAAUUUGUCUGAGGAAAUGAUUAAUUGGUGCGAAAAAAAGCUUAAACUUUUUGGUUGCCAAUUUGAGGCUAUUUAUGGAAUAGGACGAAUGACUUACAACGUUCAUUUGAUGUCUCAUUUAGCAGAAACUGUUCGAAAUCUUGGAGCUUUGUAUAAAUCAUCAUUGUUUCCUUAUGAAUCAGGAAACGGAAUGCUAUUAAAAUUUUGCAGUGGCAACAACAAACCUGUUCUUCAAAUCGAAAAAAAAUUACUUGAAUAAACUUUGUCAAAACAGCAGGGUGCCUCAAGAUUCGGUCAUUAAGCAGUGGGUUCA